CCGGGGCCGCGCUCGCCGCCGCCACCGCCGCCGGCCCCUUCCCGCCCCGCGAUGGCCACGGCCGCGGCCGCGUACACCUGCAUCACCUGCAGGCUGGCCUUCGGCGACGCCGAGCUGCAGCGCGCGCACUACAAGACCGACUGGCACCGCUACAACCUGCGGCGCAAGGUGGCGGCGCUGGCGCCCGUGUCGGCCGAGGGCUUCCGGGAGCGCGUGUGCGCGCAGCGGGCGCCGGCCGAGCCGCCGGGCCGGGCCGGGCCCACCUACUGCGCCGCCUGCGCCAAGCGCUUCGCCUCCCGCAACGCCUACGAGAACCACCUGCGCUCGCGGCGCCACCGGGAGCUGGAGGCGCGCGCCGUGCGGGCCGUCACCCGGCGCCUGCAGCGCCUGCAGGAGAAGAGCCUGGAGAAGGGGCUGCCCGCGGGGCCGGGCGCCGGCCGGGACGCGGUCAACGCGGCCAUCCAGCGGGCCGUCGCGGCGCAGCCGUCGCCCGGGAGGGCCGCCCCGGACGCCGAGCGCGACCCGCCGCCCCGGCUGCGCUGGUUCGAGCGGCAGGCGAGGAGGUGGGCCCGGCGGCGGGCGGAGGACGCGGAGGACGCGGAGGACGCGGACGGAGACGAUUGGGAAGAUCUUGAUUCCGAGGAAGAGCUGGAGUGUGAUGAUGCUGACGACCUGGAUGAUUCUGAGGAGGAGGAGGAGGAGGAGGAUGAGGAGACUGGCGGCAGCCCCCCGCUUGGUGCUAUCCCAGUUACGGACUGUCUGUUCUGUUCCCAUCACUCCAGCUCCCUCAUGAAAAAUGUGGCUCAUAUGACGAAGGUCCACAGCUUCUUUAUUCCUGAUAUCGAAUAUCUCUCGGAUCUUCGGGGCCUGAUUAAAUACUUGGGAGAGAAGGUCGGAGUUGGGAAGAUCUGCCUGUGGUGUAACGAGAAAGGAAAAUCCUUCUACUCCACGGAGGCGGUGCAGGCGCACAUGAAGGACAAGAGUCACUGCAAGCUCUUCACAGACGGGGACGCUGCUUUGGAGUUCGCAGACUUCUAUGAUUUUAGGAGUAGCUACCCAGACCACAAGGAAGGGGAGGAUCCUGACGAGACGGCGGAGCUCUCUCCAGAGAAGAACUUGGAGUAUGACGAUGAGACCAUGGAGCUCGUUCUGCCUUCAGGUGCCAGAGUGGGCCACCGCUCCCUGAUGAGGUACUACAAGCAGCGCUUCGGUGUGACCAGGGCUGUGGCCGUCGCGAAGAACCAGAAGGCCGUGGGCCGAGUGCUCCGGCAGUACAGAGCCCUCGGCUGGACCGGUGGCACAGGGGCAGCCCUCGCGCGGGAGCGGGACAUGCAGUACGUCCAGAGGAUGAAGUCCAAGUGGAUGCUGAAGACGGGAAUGAAGAACAACGCCACCAAGCAGAUGCACUUCAGGGUCCAAGUGAGAUUCUGAGUCGGCCGAGGACGCGCAGUCGUCCCCAGCUCCGUGGCCCCGUGCCCGAGGACUAGCUGGGCCGGCCUGUGGGACGCAUCCGAUCGCUGCUGCUUCUCUCUCCCGGUCCUUCGUUUGUCCUGAUCAGGCAAUAAAAGCCAG